AAACUGGACACUGUCCUAACAAUAUGCCGUAUUGUACCCCAGAGGGAUGCGUCUUUCAGUGUCCUGAAAAUACGUUUGUGAACGGGAGUAACUGUGCUAUACACUGUGCAGAUAUGUAUAUAUACAAUAAAAGUUGUAUUCAUACCUGUCCAAAUACACAUCCUUUAGUCGAGGAAAGAAUCAGAAUAAUCAGCUUACAGUUUCAUAAAUAUAAGUUUUGCAGAGAUUUGUGCCCACCGCAAAACUUUCAGUUAAACGGAAAGUGCAUAAAAUCAUGCCAAGACGAUCACAAAUUUGUCGAAAACGGCAAAUGCCUUGAUAAAUGUUCUACUACUAGUCAUGUGCAUCGAAAUAUCACUUUAGGCAGUCGCCUACUUGGGAUAGAAUGCCUGUCCACUUGCAGUGGUGAAUACCCAUUCCAUCGAAAUCAAAGUUGUGUCUCAAUGUGUGAUGAAGCAGAAGUUGUUGUGGACAGUAGAUGUUUACAGGAAUGCCCGGAAAAGAAGCGAAAUGAACUCGACUUAAACUUAUGUGUUGUGUUAGGAAAAUGUAGGAACAAUUGGCCUGAUCAAAUAUAUUGUUCAGAAUCUUGCCCGGAGAAUUUUUACUCAUAUAAUAUGACAUGCAGAAAUAAUUGUCCACUGGAUGCAAGCUACAUUUGGAAUGGAACUUGUGUCAGUGCUUGUCCAAGGGCGUACUCUUACAAAAAGUGGGUGUAUGCAUGGGAAUACAGCGGUUAUGAAAAGCAUCUCGAAUGUACUGACAAAUGUCCGCGAAAGACAGACAUGUUAUCUCUGGAAUGUGUCCCGCAUUGCAAACAUGGAACAGUGAGUUACAAUAAUAUGUGUGUAAAACAAUGUCCGCAAAAUACAUAUAUAUCCGACAACCGCAAUACUAAGGAAAUUUCGUGUGUCACAGAAUGUGCUAAAUAUGUUCAUCAGGGUAAAUGCGUUGAUGUUUGUCCGGGAUUCAACAUAAAUAAAUCAUGUGUCGACAGCUGUCCAAGUAAUUAUACAUUUAUAUACCAAAGCUCGUGCGAAUCAGCUUGUCCGAACAAUACAUGUUUGACAGAAGAUGGUAUACAUUGUACAGAUGAGUGCUCAUUUGAUCCAAGAGAUAAUACAUUAGCUGAUGUAUGUCCAACGCAUACUCCAUACAAAAGGGAGAAUAUUUGUGUGUCUGAAUGUAAAGUUAACGAAGUGUUAGAUGAUAAAAAUAACUGUAUAAAUGUAACAGAGUGUAAGAGGCCGGUUUUAUCACACGGACGUUGCCAAGAUGAAUGCCCUGCUGGAUAUCUUUACAUGGCACAUAACUAUCUUAUUGAUGGCGAUUAUCGGAGUUACUAUCCGGACCACACAUAUUCUUACAACGCUGAUGAUCUAAAAAACGAUCCGUGUGUUACCGUUAUCAGUGCUUAUUUACCGACGAUGGUAUUUGGAUUGUUGACAUUAAUGUAUGGGUUAUGGUUUGUUUGUUUUAUUUCCACAAAACAAAUAAAGUAUUUGAAAACACGAAAAGAUCAGGCAAUAAGAGAACAGGCUGAGGUAACUAAGGAACCAGCGGCGAUUCAAGAUUUUUCUGGCGAGACAUUUGAGGAUACUGAAGAUGUGCGUUUAAUUGAUGUGUCAACUGAAGAGCAAGCCACGAGCCAAGAGUUGUCUACUAAGACAUUUGAAGAUAAUGAAGAUGUACGUUUGAUUGAUGUUACAAUUGAAAAUCAAGCGACGAACCAUGACUUGCCUGGCGGAACAUUUGUGGAUGAUGAAGAGGUACAAUUGAUUGAAACGGCAAUUGAUGAUAAUGCAUAGACUGAGUCUUUAGUUAUAUCGACAUGAAGAACAUUUAGAUCUAAACCGGAUACAUGUUAUGACUAACAGCAAUAACGUUUAUUUUUUAUAUGUGGUAUCAAAAUUUACAUCCGGGUUGAUUUUGGCGAGCUGUGAUAAGAUUUAUUUACACUUGUAUCGGUGUGUCUAUCAUAAAUAGAUAAAUUUAUAUCCUUCUUGUAACCUAAAAUUGUUAAAAAGUAUAAAAUCAAGAUUUUCGGAAAGUACUAAGCUUUAAUAUUGUACAUAUAAUGGCAGUUUAAUAGUUGUACUGUUCUUAUUUUACUACCUGGGUCCAUGUUUUUAUCCAUCUUAGUGGAAACUAGAUCUGUGCCAAUAGGAUACUGGUACACCCUCUUCGUAUCACUGUACGGUUAUAUGUUACAAGUUUACAAUUCAAGAAUAUGUAAACAUUCAUAUCACCUUUGUGUUUGGGAUAUGAGUUAUCAUUAUGAGUGUAGUAUGGAUACAGUUAAACAUCAUCCUGGAUAAAAAUCCUAUAAUGUGUCAUAGAUGUGUAAUGUAAUCUAAGAG